UGUGAUAAAAAUGAGGUUCUUAAAUCUGCUUAAUCUUAAAGCUACAAUUUGUUUCGCAGUGACUACAAUCUUUUACCUGUGAUCUACAUAUGUAUCACUUUAGAGGUCAAUCCUAGAUCUAAAAGCAAUAGAUGUACCAUUAAAUAUGUACACGUUUGACUUUUUUUUGAAGUUUUUAUAUUUAUGUAUUGUCCAUAUUUGAGGUCGUGCUGGAUCUGCCUCUGCAACUAAUUGGAAAGAGAAACUUGGUGCAACCUUUACUAGAAUAGAAAUGGUCCAAGUGUUAGUAUUUAGAUAAAUUGCAUGACUAUUUUUUUCCCUACCAAAUAUAACAAUGGCUAGUGCUUUCAUGAUUGAGUUUUGAGCUUUUGCUCAUAUUUGUUCAUGAAGAGUUAUGUUUUUGAUUCGGCCUCUUUCACAUUUUUCUUUCAUAAUCCACUUGUGCAGUAAAGCAAAAAUGGAUAUGGAUGUUUCAUUUAGCUUGUUUUAACUCAUUUGAUACAGAUGUAUAUGUGAUUGGUAUAUGUUGACUUAUUCUAUGUAGUUGGAUGAAUACAAAUAAUUCAUAUUGUACUCCCAACUUAUUUGGGAUUUAGGUUACUUGAUUGACCUAUGCCAAACAUAUUCAUUAGAAGGAAUGUACUAGACAUAUUUGAGUGAAAAACUUAUGUUAUUCCGCAAGAUUGUGGCAUCAAGCUUGCUGGCAUCUCUUAUGUCUUGACUUGUGUCUUGUUCUUUUCCUUAACCAACUAUUUUCUGCAGAAUUCAAUAGUGCUGUUAUAGGUGUUAUUUUUUUUUACUCUCGGGUGUGUGCAUUUAUUAGAGGUUAAGUAUGUGUUGUUUGUCCUGGAAAUGAAUUAUCCAAAAUGGAAAAUGCCAUUGUUUGGUUGUUCUUGUGGAUACUAGUUUUUAAAUCAAUCCAUCCCUCUGCAGUUGAACCCUAAAUGGAAUCAUUGUUGGUGAUAGAUCAGGUGAAAGCAAGUCUAGCAAAAGAAGAGAAGUACUUUUUGCUCCGUUCGGGGACUUGUAAACUGACUGUGUUCUUACGUACCUGAAAAUAUGUGGUGGCACUCUUCUGUUGUUUCAUUUGUGAUCUGUAUAAGUUUUGGCAUGCCAGUCAGGAAAGUGUCCACCUCAUCAAUAAAAUGACAUUCAACAAGAAGUUGGGUUUAUUGUCUUACAGAUCACAUCUUGUUUAAAGAGUUUUGAGUACUGACAGAUAGGAACAGUUAAAGAAGAAAACUUAUCAUAUCUCACAUGAUCAACCUUGAUUUGUGAUUAAGAAAGACUUUGUGUGCUGGAGACUUUGAUCGCUAGAAAAUUACGCUUCUUUUUUUCUGAAGUGCUUCACUUUCUGUGAAGAUGCUUAAGGUCCCUCAGCAUCAAGUCGCUGGACAUGAAGCGGGUGUGGGGAAGCUCGGUCCCCUCGUGGAUGAAUCGGGGCGCUUCUACAAGCCUCUUCAAGGUGAUGAACGAGGGUCCAAUGAGGUUGCUUUCUAUAGUUCAUUGCCUGUUCAUAGUGGGAUCCCGGAACACAUUCGAAGAUUUUUCCCCACCUUUUAUGGCACUGAGCUUGUAGAAGCAUCUGAUGGAUCUGGCUUGCUGCUUCACUUGGUCUUGGAAGAUCUUGCGCUAGGUCGUGUCAAUCCAUCAAUUAUGGACAUUAAGAUUGGUUCAAGAACAUGGGCACCUGAGGCAUCUGAGAAAUACAUUGAGAAGUGCUUAAAAAAGGAUCGAGAAUCGUCAAGCCUUCCAUUAGGAUUCAGGAUAUCGGGGUUGCAAAUCUAUAGAAGCAAAGAAUUAGGGUUCUGGAAGCCUGGAAAGAAAGCUGCUCAGAAACUCUCUACAGAGGAGGUCAAGUUAGUCCUAAGAAGAUUUGUUUCUUCUAACACAUUGAAUGAUUUGGAUUCAAAACCAGACUGUGCUUUCGCAUCAACUGUUUAUGGAGGCUCUACUGGCAUUUUAUCACAGUUACUGGAGCUGAAAGCGUGGUUUGAGGAUCAAACUAUAUUCCAUUUAUAUUCUUGCUCAAUUCUGGUGAUCUUUGAAAAAGAGCUGGCAUUGGAAGGAAAAAGUCCAGGUGCGCAAAUCAAGCUGAUCGACUUUGCUCAUGUUUAUGAAGGACGGGGUGUCAUUGAUCAUAACUUCUUGGGUGGUCUCUGCUCGUUGAUAAAAUUCAUUUAUAAAAUUCUUACUGCUCCUAGUGAGAGCAAAAUAGAAGUUUCUGCAAAAGCUGAUCAGAAGAACCUUACCGCCUCUGAUAAUGCUGUUGUAGCUGAUCUGAAAAACCUUUCCGACUCUGAUAAUGGUGUUGAAACUGAUCAGAAGAACCUUACCGCCUAUGAUAAUGGUGUUGUAACUGAUCGGAAGAAUCUACCGGACUCUGAUAAUGGUGUUGCAGCUGAUCGGAAGAGUCUUACCAACUCACAUGAUGGUGUCGUAGAUGAUCACAAGCACAUCACCUACUCUGUUAAUGGCGUUAGCUGAUACAACUCAAACUCUUGUUGGAACCAUUUUUCAGCCUGGAUUCCAAUAAUUCCACAAUUUCCAGUAAGCUCCGGAUAAUUUGCCUGUGUUGUUCAAUUUGGAGUCCUAUUGCAAUGAUUACACACGUUUUAAAAGAUUUUUCUGAAGUGCAAAGACGAGCAAAACUUUGAUUUGAUUGAUGUCACGUCAUUCCUUGUAUGAUGAGUGUUGCAUAUUUGAAAAAUUUCAGUAUCCUAAAUGAUUUAAGUUUUAUAA